AUGCAUGAUUAUUGCUUUGUCCAUAGCGAUAAAGGAAACAAUGUGUGCGGGUCACAACUGAUCGUCGUAGGAAGGGAGCUGGAGGGCAUUGUAGUCUGGCGGUAUGAGCUAGAGAACAAUAAAUGGUUCAAAGGUCCAGCAAUGAUCACACCACGGGUCAUGUAUGGUUCGGCGAGCCGUGGGACCGAGGCUUUCUUUGCAGGAGGAAUUAAUGAGGUCUAUCAAGCUGUAAACAUAGUAGAGAAGUACAAUGCUGAUACCAAAACGUGGGCAGUGAUUCGUGAAAUGCACAAGAAAAGGAAAUUCAGCUCAGGAUUUUUCUUGUCCGGCAAAUUUUACGUAAUUGGUGGCCGAGAUGAGAAUAAUGAAAACCUAACUUGUGGAGAAAUGUACGAUGAAGAGACAAAUUCUUGGGAGCUGAUACCAUACAUGCUCAAAGAAAUGGCGUUCACGUCUUCUCACUCGCCUCCUCUUAUUGCGGUGGUCGACGACAACCUCUACUUAAUGGAUAAUUCUGUGAGUGAGCUUCGUGUUUAUGAUAGAAACACAAACGUUUGGAAGAAACUUGGUGUUGUGCCUGUGGAAACAAAUAUCACUUUAGGUUGGGGAGUUGCAUUUAAGUCAAUUGGAGAUAGGCUUUUGGUGAUUGGACCAUCGUCUUCUCAAUCUUGCAACAGGAGAACGGUGGUUUACACAUGUCGUCCUUCUCCAAAAGUGGAAGAACAACUUUGGGAGGAACUAAAGGAUUCUUGUGACAUUGCUUAUUACCAUCAGUUUAUUCUCAAUUGUUGUGUUAUGUUUGCUUGA